AUGAAACCACUUUGGCCAAAAGAAAAACCUGUCCCUGAUGCUAAGUUAAACGAUUUAAAAAGUGUGCCACACCUGUUUCCCCAAGAUUCACACGACUUCUACGUAAGGCUUGUAGGAAAUGAUGCCAUAGAAGACGAUCUGGAAGCUUUGUAUCAGUGCGCCAAUGCACGAAAGCUGCUAAAAAUAGUCGGGGUUCGCGCGCUCGCGUCGCCCGCAACCGGCUCUCGUUUUCACUACUCACACUAUUUCUGUCUA